AUGGCUUCAAUGGAGAUUAUUGUGCCUGUUUUGCCCGCAGGCAAGAAAGAAUUGCUCUCGCAGGUCCUCGACUAUGUCGAACCGGCCGAUCUCAUUCGCUUCGCUCGGACGUCGAAACGCAUGCGUGAAAUGGUAUACGAGGAUGAUAGGUGGAUCACACGAUUGAAGCGUAUAGGCUGCUGGAAUGAUGAAGAGGCUAGGAGGAACGCAGAUACUCAAAACAUGACGAUGGCAUCUAUGGGUCCAGUCGCUACUGGCAGACGACGUUCUAGUGCUCGCCAAAAGCCGCCUACCGACGGGUUCGACUCAAUACCUGUAUCGUCCGGCGUAGCAGAAAAAAUUGAACAGGAAGAUCCAACCGUGGAGAUUUUGAAACAUGUCAAAUCAAUACGUGGGAAUGCGCGUCAGGAAUACGGGAAGGUUCACGCUGUGCUAGCCCCGUUGUAUAAUGAUAUCGCGGCCAAUGGAGGGUCUACCGAUAGUUUGGUCUUCAAGCACUAUAGCGAUCCCGAAAGUCAAGCUAAGAUGCUUGCUCAGCUGGUGUCCUUUGCAAAUAGCGACAAUUCUAUUGGAUGGGCGCAGCGCGAAGAGCACCUCCAGCAAGCAGUGCAACUUUUCGAGACAGCCGCAAUACAGGAAUUUCGAAACGCCUAUGAAGUAUCCGAUAUCAAUGGCAAUAUGCGCAAAUAUGCCCACGUCUUAUACCAUCUUAAUGGUGGCCAGGCUGCAAUUGAUCUCUUCCUCCAUCAUAAUCACAUAGUCACACGGAAGUCUGACCUCGGCAAGGUUUCGGAUUGUAUAGAUACGGAUACGUUGGACGUGAAAGUUGAGCAUACACAAGCAUUUUUCACACGGUUUGGCGUUGCAUACAACGAAGAAAUGGAAGCGAUUGAUGGGGCUUUCCCCCCAGCGUUAGAAGUGUCUCUAUCUUUCCUUGACAAGGCAAGCGUCGACGUUCUAUCACCGUUUUUAACAAGUCUUUUUGACGAAUUGCAUCGCUUAAAUAUAGAGGGUUAUCUAAAAGGCGUGUCUGGAACACUGGUCCAAUGCUUUGACCUCAUGUCAGAUUUGAAGAUUCCUGGCAAGUCUAGUGAGAUCAAACAAAACAUAAUAACGCGCGUCGUCGCUCAAAUAUAUGAACCUCACUUGGAUCUCUAUCUGGCGGAGGAACUUGAUUUCUUCCGCAAAGGCUGCGAUGCCACUGUCGAGGAUUGGGAUCGGCAGCUCUCAGAACAGGCAGCAUCGACAGAAUCAUUUCUCAUGUCGAAUGUGAAUCGACAAGCUGUCAAGAACGACUUUUUGACCUCCUUCAAGAAGGUCCUUAUGAUGCCGGUUACUAUUCUGCCUUUGCCAAACUUCUCAAAUAAAACUCAUCGGAACGAAGAGGACGGAUCAGUCACCAACGACACCGCUUUGCACAACAAAAGUAUCGCUAGAUUUUCCACCGUGGCUCCUCCAGCACCUACCCCUCUAGCAGAGGCGCCAUCCGACGAGCUAGCUGCAAAGGCCGCUUUGAUGAAUUCUAGGUUGGAAGGCAUCAAAUCUCUCUUCAGCAUCGAGGUUGCCCUAGGCUUAGUCCAUGCUGCUAAGACCAGCCUUGAACGUACUGUGCAAUUCGUAAAACUGGGAGGCGACUGGGGGAAUUCAGCAAAGCAGCAAUGCGAAGGCAUAUUCAUUUCCCUUCUCACAAUUCUCGGCCAUCGACAUGUCAUCAAGGGAUUUGAUAGGGCAGUUGAUCAUUUAUCGAAUUACCGGCCGCGGGAGCAAGGCGAACGAGAUAAAAACGGUGUUGAGCCUCUUGUUACGUUUCUUGAACUUGUUAACGUUGGCGAUCUCAUCUUGCAAAUGAUGGAUGUCUUUUACGAACAAGAAUUGAUCGGGGCCAAACUCAUCGACAGAAGUGACUUUCUGGAUCCGGCUGCAAAAGGCAAGAAGAAGUUCGAGCAAAAGCUCGAUGAACGAGUGGCCUCUGGCUUAAGCAAGGGUAUUGAUGUACUUAUGGAGGAGGUAGACUAUAUGCUCGCCACAAGACAACUAACGACUGAUUAUAACCCGGGGGCCGAUAUCGACUCUGUCAGAAAGACGCCUGACAUAAGCGUCAGCGACGCAGCAAUGGGCGUGAUUGACGUCGUUUCUUCUCACACCUCAAUGCUCAUAGGCAGCACUGAUAAAAGCACGCUUGAUGUCUUCAAUCAAGAGGUUGGCCUUAGGCUUUUUGCAGCCAUCUGCAAGCAUAUCAAACGCCAGAGGAUCAGCGUGGACGGGUCGCUCAAAUUAAUCAGUGAUAUGAAUCAUUAUUUCAAGUUCGUCCAGACGCUGAAGAAUAAUGAGCUAUUGCUAUAUUUCAAAGCCCUUCGCGAGCUAUCACAGAUAUAUUUGGUUGACCCAUCGGACGCAAAGGAGCUAGCGUCCGUCAUCGCUGAUAAUGACCGUUUUUAUGGCAUCUUUCGUGCAGAGGAAGUAUAUGAGUUUGCUGAACGACGUGCAGAUUGGUUCCAGUCAAGUGGGAACGCUCAAGAAGCUGUCUAUGGGACUAGAGCUGGUACCGUCGCCGGCAUCUUGGAUCUGGGAGUUGUAGAGGAGAUAUCUCGUCCAUCAGCCCCGUUCCAGCUUUUGUCCAUUUUGAGCGUCGGUCUUGGGCUCGGUCUCGGCCGCCGCAGGCGAUGGUGUUACGCGGCCGAGUAUACCGAAGAGACAGGACCAACAGAUGACGGAGUGUAUCUUUUCGGGACUGCUCGGACGACAUAG